GUAAUGGGUCCCAUUUAUCAUACACUAAAAAAAGGUUUCAGGCAGCUAAUCAGCAUGAUACCGGCGUCAAACAGCAAAUGGCAUGGAAAACAUGUUCCACGUACCUGGACAAGUCCUGGUGGUUCCACACUUCUUCCAUUGACGGAUAAUGGAGGCCACUGUGCUCAUUGAGACCUUCAAGGCAGCAGAUAUUUUUCUGUACCCUUCCCUAAAUGUGCGCCUCAAGACAGUCUCAGAGGUCUAGAGACAAUUCCUCCGACUUCAUUCUUGGACUGUACUCUGCCAUACACUGUCAAGUGUGGAACCUUAUAUAGACAGGUGCGUGCCCUACAAAAAUAAUGCCCAACCAACUGAAUUUACCACAAGUGGACUCCAAUUAAGCUGUAGUAGCAUCUUAAGGAAGAUCAGUUUAAGGCCAGUCAACAGUGGAUCAGGUAACGCUACUCACUCAGGACAUCGAGGACAGCUUCCAGGACAAAACGAAAAAGCUGGAGUAGUAUUCCUGGACCUGACAGCCGCCUGCGACACUGUCUGGCACCGCGGACUACACUUGAAACUGCUAAGGACUAUCCCGGACCGGCACAUGGUGGGGUUCAUCAUGGAGAUGCUAUCAAACCGUAGCUUCUCCUUACAGACCAGCGAUGGCCAGACUAGCAGGCUCCGAAGGCUGAAGAACGGUGUCCCACAAGGCUCCGUCCUUUCACCAAUGUUGUUCAACAUCUACAUUCAGGACCUGCCGGAUACAACAUCUAGCAAGUACGGUAUGCGGACGACUUGGCCAUCAUGCUCCGCCGGCCAACAUAGAAGGCGAUGGAGGAUGGUCUCAAUCUAGACAUGGGCAUCCUGGCAAACUACCUACAGAGGUGGCACCUUCAGCUCAGCGUGGACAAGACAGUGUCGGCAGCUUACCACCUCAACAACAGGAAAGCAGGAAGGGAACUGGACGUGUAUGUUGGCAACAACCGUCUGGAGUUUCAGCAAGCCCCCAAUUACCUUGGCGUACGCUUGGACCGGACACUGUCCUACAAGCAACACCUGGAUGAAGUGAAGACCAAGGCUACAGCAAGGGUAUCGCUCAUCCGCCGCCUGACUUGGGGUGCCUCCCCCCAGACACUACACAUAUCUACACAAGCCCUGGUCCUACCUGUUGCCAAAUACUGUGCCCAUGCCUGGAGCAGAAGUCCACAUGUGAAUAAGGUAUAUACUGUCAUCAACAGUGCCCUCCGGAUAGUCACUGGUUGUCUGAAACCCACCCCCGUGUCCCACCUGCCAGUCCUAGCUGGAAUCGGGACGCGGCUACCCUCGCCCUGGCAAGAAAAACCGAGAAGUACGACUGGCACAUCCUGCACAAAACCACAGCAACACCGGCACCACCAUGCAGCCAUGCAGGCUCAAGUCUCGCCAUCCCUACAACAAGGCGGCACAAGAGAUGCUACAGUCUAUUCCUGAGGACUUGUCCAGAGACCUGGGAGACCGCUGGGCCCUCCCGCAUCCACCGAUAUAUCCAGGACCCAGGAGGCGGUGUAAUAGGAGAAGACCUACCACGCCAUCUAUGGACCUCGCUGAAUCGCCUACGCACUGGGGUUGGUCACUUCAAGUAAUCUCUGAAGAAGCGGGGAACUAUCGGACAGUGUGGCAUGCGAGUGUGGCGAGCCUGAACAGACUGCCGAGCACAUAAUCACUGGCUGCCCCCUAUGCAGCCCACCUUCAGAAGCCGGCAUCUUUGAUUUAGGACUGGAGACGAAGGCGUGGCUACACGACAUGGAGUUGGCCAUCUAAUAAUAUACGAAAGAAAGAAGAAGUUUAGAAAUAAUACAUCUGAGCUCACGUUUGAGCUUCAU